AUGGCAUCUAGUACUGUGCUUCCUACUGAAGAUGAACAGGCUUCCUUGGGCAUCGAGGAUCUCCAGAUUUCACUGCAAGCUGAACAAGAACAUACUCAGAAGAAGACCUUCACCUGCUGGAUAAACUCACAGUUGGCAAAGCACACUCCCCCCUCAGUUGUAUCAGACCUGUUCACAGAUAUUAAAAAGGGGCAUGUCCUCCUGGACCUGUUAGAAGUACUUUCAGGACAACAGUUGCCUCGAGAUAAAGGAUCUAAUACAUUCCAGUGUAGAAUCAACAUAGAACAUGCUCUGGCAUUCCUAAAAAACCGAUCAAUCAAGCUAAUAAAUAUUCAUGUUACUGAUAUUAUAGAUGGAAACCCAUCUAUUAUUCUUGGCCUAAUUUGGACAAUUAUACUGCACUUUCAUAUUGAGGAGCUUGCCUGGACUCUUUCUUGCAAUUACAAUCAACCCUCCCUGGAUUGUGUGAGUGAGGUUGACUUAUCGCCUACCUCAAGCCCUCCAGCUAAGAAAUGCUCCAAAGCCCAAGCAAGGUGGCAGAUGUCUGCAAAGAAGGCUCUUCUCUUGUGGGCUCAGGAACAAUGUGCCACGUAUGAAUCUGUCAGUGUCACAGAUUUUAAAUCAAGCUGGAGAAAUGGGAUGGCUUUUUUAGCCAUCAUUCGUGCUUUGCGACCAGACUUGAUUGAUUUGAACAGUGUGAAGCAUAGAUCCAACAGAGACAAUCUGAAGGAGGCCUUCAGAAUUGCAGAACGAGAAUUAAAAAUCCCCAAAUUACUGGAACCAGAAGACGUGGAUGUUAUUAAUCCUGACGAAAAGUCAAUUAUGACCUAUGUGGCACAGUUUCUGAAGUAUUCAAAGGAUGCACCUGGGACUGGAGAGGAGACUCAGGGAAAGGUGAAAGAUGCUACAGUUUGGCUAACUUUACAGGAGAAAAAACUACAAGAGGUGCUAAAAGAUUCAGAAAAUGAGUCCUACUUUAAAAAGUAUGAAAGCCUGCUGUCCUUUUUGGAAUCAUUCAAUGAAGAAAAAAAGCCCUUUUUGGACAUCCUGUCGAUAAGAAAGAACUUGGAUGAGCUGAAUCAAGAUCAGCUACAAUUGAGAAAAGCCUGGGAUGGCCUCAACCACCAGAUUAAUGUGUGGAGAGCAAAGCUGAAUCAUGUUUUGCCCUCACCCCUCUAUCAAAUUGAAGCUUGGGUCCAGGAGGUAGAGAAUCUCACAGAUGAAGAUUUGCCAGCCUCCCAGGAUUACUCGGAAUCCAGGACUCAAACUCAAGAGAAAACGACUUUAUUCAAGAGUCUGAUGGAUAAAUCUGAUUGUCAUUUGAAUACUCUCUUGGCAUUUGAAAAUAGAGAUGAAAAGCAUUUGCUACUGGUACCACCUAGCAAACUGGAAGAAAUGAAGAGACGGAUCAACAACAUUGUAGGGAAAAAAUGCAUUCCAGGUCUAGAAAUUCAUUACUCUAUGUGCCCAGUUCUUGGUUUGUUAAAUGAAAUGAAAUCAAAAUUCGAUGUUUGGAACGUCAAAUAUGGGAGCAAAGAAUCUGUGGAAUUACUGCUGGAAGACUUGGAUAAAUUUAUUGAAGAAAAAGAGUUUCUAGCUCAACUUGAAGCUUCUUUUCAAAAAUGUGAAGAAAUGAAUCAGAAUUUGGCUGGAGACUGUCAGAAUAUUAGUAAGCAAUCUAUGAUGGUGGAUUAUAAUAUUUGUAUAUAUAGAAAAUAUAUAUAUACUGUGAAGUCCACUCUACAAAAAGUUCUGGCAUGUUGGGCUACUUACGUGGAACACCUUCGCUUACUAAAGGCUUGUUUUGAGGAGACAAAGAAAGAACAAAUUAAAGAGGUUCCCGUUGAGACACUAUCCCAGUGGAAUCAAGAGCAUACCACUUUAAAUGAAGUGGGAAAUUUCUUAAUUGAAGUCAGUAAUGAUGAAGUUGGAUCAUCUAUUUCUAAAGAACUGAGAAGACUGAAUAAAAGAUGGAGAAAGUUUAUUACAAAAACUCAGCUUGAAAUGAAUCUGCCACUUACAAAAAAACAGAGUCAGCCCAUUCUUGACAGUUCUGGAAAUAUUCAGCUAACUGAAGAAGAGAAAUCAACUAUUGAUUUUUCAACAGACGUGUCAAUAAAACCACCUGAAAAUCAUAAUCCAAAUUUAAGGGCUGGAGAGGAACAUGAAAAAGAAAAUGAAGAAUUAACAGAGCAACUAAAACUGGUUGAAGAGGUUGAAAAACUCAUUGGACAAGUGGGAAUCUGGGAGGCAGAAACCAUAUCUGUUUUGGAUCUUCUGAGACAUCAAGAUGAUGUGGAUACCUCAGUGAAAGAUUCUUUGCAGCAUCUUAUUGCCAAAGGAUCAAUGUAUGAAGAGCUUGUGGCUAGAACUGAAGGUACUUUACAAAUGGAUGUACAAAAUAUUUCAAGCCAGGAGUCCCUUCAGCAUGUUCUCACAGCUGGGCUUCAGGCAAAAAUUCAAGAAGCUAAAGAGAAAAUCCAGAUCAAUAUGAUAAAACUAGUUGCUGUACUGAAGAACUCAACUGAUGUUUCACCAGAAUUGGAUGUCAAGCUAAAGGUGGAAGAAUCACAGAAGGAACUUGAAUCAUACGUUACUAGGGCUGAGCAAUUACUUGGGCAAAGAGAGAGCCACAGUGGACUAAUUUCAAAAUAUAAGGAAGCACUGAUAAUUUUUAAUUCUGUAAGUCUUACCAAGUAUUUGAAAGCUGUUGAAGAACUGAAAAAUAAUGUAACUGAGGAUGUAAAGCAGUCUUUGGAAGAAAGGAGUAGAGAUGCCUGUGCCAACUGGGAGUCUCUUCAUCAUGAACUGUCUUUAUACAUUCAGCAACUAAAAAUAGAUAUUGAAAAAGGAAAACUUAAUGAGAUUAUUUCAAAACUUGAAAAACAAAUAAAUAAAGAAAAGAAACUAAUUCGUAGAGGAAGGACCAAGGGUCUCAUCAAGGAACAUGAGGCUUGCUUUUCUGAGGAAGGCAAUCUGUACCAGCUUGAUCACCACAUAGAAGUCCUGAGGGAGCUAUGUGAAGAACUGACUUCACAGAAGAGUCAACAAGAAAUGAAGAGAGUACUUAAAGAUUAUGAACAAAGGAUAGAAAGACUCAGGAAAUCUGCUUCCGAGAUUCAUAUGACCCUGCAACCCGUGGUGGGAGGCAUGUCUAAAAAAAAGGGGACCAUGAACACAUCUGAGAAUGGAGGAAGAGAUGUCCACAGUGAGGUGCCAUUUGCAAAAUCAGAUAAUCAGCCAUCAACUGAAAAGGCAAUGGAACCGAUUAAGAAUUUUAGCCUGGAAUCAGAGUUAAAGCCUCAACAUGAAGCAAGCAUUAUGGAGGAGUGUGAAAAGGAUUACAAUGCAUCAAUAAAUAGUUUACUAGAGAGGUAUGAUACACAUGGAGAGAUUCUUGAACUACACCUGCAAAACAACAAAUUCAGGAUUACUUCUGAUUUCUCUAGUGACAAAGAAAUGAGUAGUGAUUGUCUGCAGGAUAAACUGGCAGAUCUACAGGUCUUAAAAGAUGAAACUGAUGCUUGCUGGAAAGAAUUUGAAAUCACUUCACUAAAGUUAGAAAAUCUUGUGAGUGACAUAAAGAAGCCAGUUAUAGCUAAGGCAAGAGACAUAUUAAGGGGAAAAGAAAGAGAUCUUCAGAUGACCCUCAAUGCCAGAAUGAAGUCUUUAGAGACUGCACUGCAGAUUGUUUUACCAGUGGAGAAGGAAUCACUUUUUCUCUGUAACUCGGACCUACUCCUUCAUGAAAUAGCUGUUCAGGAAUUUCAUCUGAUUGAUGCUGAUAGCAUUUAUCGAAACCUGAAGAAUAUCCAAGAUUCCAUAGCAAAACAGAUUGAAAUAUGUAACAAUUUGGAAAAAGCAGGCAAUUUUGCCCUAAAGGAAUUACAUCCAUUUGACCUACAUGCAACUCAGAAUAUUAUACUGAAAUGCAAAGCACAACUUGAAGAAAUGAACCACAAGGUUCAGAGGAGUGAAGACACUCUCAAAAACCUGGAAGAUUUUUUGGCUUCUCUAAGAACAGCCGAACUCUCUAUUGAGCCUGUGACAGAUCUUUCAGCCUCAGAUACACAGGUGUUACCAGAAAAUACUUUGACAAUAGAAAAUGAAGAGGGAAGAAUUCAUCUGAUGAAAGACAAGGCCAGAUGUUUGGAUAAACAUUUGAAGAUGCUUGAUAUAAGCUUUAAAGAUGCUGAAUGGGGUGAAGACAGCUCCUGUGAAAAACUUAUUGAUGUUUUGUCAACGAAAUUUGGUGUACAUGAGGAAAACAAAUUACUAGAGAUUUGCCUUUUCAAAAAUAAUGAACUCCUUAAAAAUAUUCAAGAUGUGCAGAAUCAAAUUAGCAAAAUCGGUCUUAAGGAUCCAACUAUUCCAGCUAUAAAACAAAGGAAAAAAUCAUUGAUCAGAGUGGAUAAGGAUCUGGAUGAAUAUGAAGAAGAGAAGAAACACUUGCAAGAAAUGGCUAAUUCUCUUCUGCAAUUUAAAGAUGGCAGAGAAAAAACUGUGAGCCAGCAGUGCCAAAAUACAGUACUCUUAUGGGAGAAUACAAAAGCUUCAGUCACUGAAUGCCUUGAACAGUGUGAAAGAGUUUUGGAGCUCUUAAAACAGUAUCAGAAUUUCAAAAGUGUCUUAACAACUUUGAUUCAAAAAGAAGAGAAUGUCAUCUCACUUCAGGCUUCGUACAUGGGAAAGGAGAACCUGAAGAAAAGGAUAACAGAGAUUGAAAUUGUCAAAGAAGAAUUUAGUGAACAUUUAGAAGAUGUAGACAAGAUAAACCAGAUCUGCAAAAAUCUACAAUUCCACCUAAAUAAAAUGAGAACCUUUGAAGAGCCCCCUUUUGAGAAAGAGGCUAAUGUUAUUGUGGAUCGAUGGCUUGAUAUAAAUGAGAAGACAGAAGACCACUAUGAAAAUCUUGGUCGAGCUCUGGCUUUGUGGGACAAACUUUUUACCUUAAAGAAUGUCAUUGAUGAAUGGAUUGAAAAGGUCCUUCAAAGAGUGAAAUUACAUCCCCUGACAGAAGAAGAAAGAGAAAGGCUGAAGGAAGAGUUACAAGUCCAAGAACAAAAACUUCCAGAAUAUUUUACAAGAGUGGCUGAAAUACAAUUUCUACUUCAAACCAAUGAAGUACCUCUUGAAUUGCAGGUCAUGGAGUCUUUGAUUUUGAACAAAAUGGAACACGUUAAAAUGAGUUUAACUGGUGAAUCCAACCACUGCACACUCAGUGGUAACACAGAUGAGCUGAGAGAGGAUCUCGACCAGGCAAAAACCCAGAUUGGGAUGACUGAAUCCCUCUUAAAUGCUCUGUCUCCUUCUGACAGCUUGGAAAUCUUUACUAAACUAGAGGAGAUACAACAGCAAAUUCUACAGCAAAAGCACAGUAUGAUAUUACUUGAGAAUCAAAUAGGCUGUUUGACUCCUGAACUCUCUGAAUUAAAGAAGCAAUAUGAAAGUGUCAGUGAUUUAUUUAAUACCAAAAAAAGUGUUUUGCAAGAUCACUUUUCUAAUUUAUUGAAUGAUCAGUGCAAGAACUUCAAUGACUGGUUCAGCAACAUUAAUAUGAACCUUAAGGAGUGUUUUGAUUCAUCAGAAACCAAAACGAGUGUGGAACGAAAGCUACAAAAACUUUCUGAUUUCCUGACUCUUGAAGAAAGAGACAGUAAAAUACAGGCGGUAGCAACUAUACUGAAUCAGGUGAAGAAGCAUCUACCCAAAGCAAGUGUUAAGGAGCUUAGCAGUUGGAUUACGAGUCAAGAAUUUGAAUUAGAAAAUAUGGAGUCCAUAUGCCAGGCAAGAGCAAAGGAGCUUGAUGACUGCUUACAGCAGCUACUGAGACUACAGGAUAACCACAGAAGCCUAAGUAAUUGGCUGACUAAUCAAGAAAAGAAAUGGAAAGAAAUGGAAGAAACAGGAGAGAAAACUGAAUUUUUUUGCCAAGCAUUAGAUAGAAAGAGGGAACAAUUUGAAUCUCUGGCCCAGUUGAACAACUCUUUGAAGGAAUAUGGGCUUACUAAAGAAGAAGAAAUAAUAGCUGAGUCAACACAUUUGAUUGAUAGAUACCAGACAUUAUUGAGAAAAAUAUGUGAAAUUGAAGAAGAUAAGUUACCUCCUACUGAGGACCAGAACUUUAAUGAUCUUGCUCGUGAUGUAAUUCAUUGGAUAACAGAGAUUAAAGAGUCUCUUAUGGUUUUGAAUUCAUCGGAAGGCAAAAUGCCACUUGAAGAACGAAUCCAAAAAAUAAAGGAAAUCAUUUUACUGAAGCCUGAAGGGGACGCUAAAAUACAGACCAUCACGAAGCAGGCUGAAAGCAGCAAGGCUCCCAUGGUUCAGAAGACCCUUACUGAUAUCCGGAAUCAGUGGGACAACACACUCCAUUUAGCCAACACGUAUCUAAGCCAUCAAGAAAAGCUUCUGCUGGAAGGAGAGAAGUAUUUGCAAAGUAAGGAGGAUCUGAGGCUAAUGCUUACAGAACUAAAGAAGAAACAAGAAGCAGGCUUUGCUCUGCAAAAUGGUUUGCAGGAGAAGAAAGCUCAGUUAAAAAUUUAUAAAAAAUUCCUCCAGAAAGCACAAGAUUUGACAUCCUUGCUAAAGGAAUUAAAAUCUCAAGGAAAUUACCUCUUGGAGUGCACUAAAAAUCCCAACUUUAGUGAAGAUCCGUGGCUGGAAGUAAAGCAUCUACAUGAAAGUCUUCUUCAACAACUACAGGAUUCCGUGCAAAAAUUGGAAGGUCAUGUUCAAGAACACCACUCGUACCAGGUUCGUGUCACAGACCUGAAUACCACAUUGGACAGUUUCUCCAAGGAACUUUACAGUUUUUCUGAUAAGCCUGUGGAUCAAAUAGCACUUGAGGAAAAAUUACACAAACUGCAGGAACUAGAGAAUAAACUCAGUUUACAAGAUGGUACAUUAGAGAAUAUUUUAGCUUUAGCAGAAUCCAUCAAGCAAAAUACAUCUUCAGUGGGACAGAAGAUUAUUAAGGACGAUAUAACAUCACUUAAGUGUAAACAAAAAGAUCUGAAAAACAGACUUGAAUCUGCUAAGCAGGAGACAGAGAAUUGUCUCAGUAGCAUCCUCAAGUCAAGAUACUCUACAGAAAAGAAAGAAAAACUUACUCUGCCAGGCAGAGAGAAACAGGUCACUUCUGAUACCCAGGAGUCCACUCAGAACUUGGCUGCCGUGGAAAAGUUGGAGGAAGACUGGGAAAUAAACAAAACUUCAGAUGUGGAAAUGGUUUUGUCAAAACAACUUUCUCUCCAUGUUCAAGAAAGCAUGAAAAACACUGAAGAUGAGCAGAAAGUCAAUGAGCUGCAAAAUCAACCUUUAGAAUUAGAUAUUAUGUUAAGAAAUGAACAAUUAAAAGAGAUAGAGAAAUUAUAUGCCCAGUUGGAAGCAAAGAAAGCAGCCAUUGAACCACUGGAACAAACUGAACAUCUCCACCGGACAGAAACAGGUGCCUUGGUUCCCCACAGUACAAGAUAUUCAGUGCACAACUUGAACAGUCUACUUCAAGCGCUCAUUACCUUGAAGAAAGAUAAAGAAAGCCAAUAUUGUGUCCUUAAAGAUUUUCAGGAACACCUUGCUGCAGUUGAAUCUUCAAUGAAAGCCUUGUUGACAGAAAAGGAAAGCCUAAAAGUGGGAACAUCGGACAUUGCAACGUAUCUUGAUAAAAUUAAAAAAUUCCUGACAUCAAUAGAAAAAGAAAAAGAUUCUUUAAACAAGCUGAAAAUCAAGUGGGAGACUAUAUCAAACCAUCUGACUGACAUGGAUAAGAAGUUGUUGGAAAACCAGAUUAAGCAACUUGAACAUGGUUGGGAACAAGUGGAACAACUGGUUCAGAAGAAGUAUUCUCAACAGCUAGUGGAGUAUGAUGAACUUAACUUCCUUAUGAGCAAGAUCCAGGACAUUGAGAUUUCUCUGCAGCAACUGCAGCAGCGUCUGCAGUUAAGGCUGAGAUCUCCAGAACAACAAGAAGGAAACCAAAACAUGGUUUCCUUGGCCACCGAACUCGAGACUAUCAAGCAUAGAUUUUCUGUUUUAAAGGGAAGAGCUGACCUUCAGAUGAAGAGGCUUUGGGGGGAUAAAGAAAAGAAGACUUUGGAAGAUGUAGUCAAUAAUUUGCAGAAGCAACUGGAAGCAUUGGCGCCAUUAAACUUAGAGGUGGAAAAUCAGAUCAAGAAGUGUGAAAUAAGGAACAAGAUGAAAGAGACUAUUUUAUGGGUCAAUAAUCUGUUGGGUGAACUUAUGCACACCAUUUCCCUUCUCCCAGAUGACAUUGUUUCACAGAUUAGAAAGUGUAAGGUAACACACGAUGGCGUUCUGGAGAAGCAGCAGAUGGUGGAAUCUUUGGCUAAAGAGGUCAAAGGUAAUAUUACUCACCUGCCAGCACAUGAAACCAAUGAUUUAAAUAACCUCCUACAGGACUUACAGAGUCAAUACCAAAUGCUAGUUUUAGAAUCUGCUCAGAGGUCACAGCAGUUAGAAUUUAAGCUGGAAGAAAGGAGCAAAUUUUUUGCAGCAAUGGAGAAGGUUCAACUUUCACUUCAAGGGAACGAAACAUUGAUAAUUCCUAAGAUAGAAACAACCCCCACAGAAGCUGAACUAGAACAUCAGCUUGUCACUUUGAAUACCUCUCAGGAAGAAUUGCAAGAAAUUGAAAGUGUAAUCUCAACAUAUCUUCAGGAACUAACAGACUUUUAUAAGGAUCUAAAUGUGUUUGAAAGGUUAUUUCUGGCUGAUCAGCUGAGAAAUCUUAAGACUAGAGCUAACAGGACUCAAAGAUUUAUUCAGAAUAGAAGUGAUGAAGUAAAACACAAGGUAAAUCUUUACAGAGAAUUUCAUGAAAAAACAUCUGGGCUUCAGAAGGAGGUUGACAAUAUACAGUACAAUGAACUGCUACUAAAUGAAGAAAUAAAUCAAGAUGUUGAAGAGGAGUUCUGUAAUUUUAAAGAUAGACUCACUGUUAUUCAAUCUAGUAUCUUGCAAGUAUUAAAACUCAAAGAAGUGUUUGACUAUAUGGGACUAAACUGGGAUUGUUCACAGCUUGACCAAUUACAAACCCAAGUAUUUGAAAAACAAAAGGAACUUGAAGAAAAAAUUAAGCAGUUGGACUCAUUUGUAGCAGAACAUGGCAAAUAUCAAGCAUCUCUAAGUAAAAUGAGGGCAAUGGAUUCAGAAAUUAAAGAAAGGGCUGAAGCAGUACUAAAAUCUUUUAGUACUUCACCAGAAAGUAGUCUGCUCAGUGCCCAAAUUUUGAAUCAGAAAAUUGAGAAAGCUAUGUGCUUGUAUCAUGAGAUAAUAAAGAAAUUAAGUGAAAAUAGGGCUUUUGAUGAAUCAUUUAAACAGAAAGAAAUACUACAAAUAAAGCUGUAUGCAGAGGAGAAUAGUAAGUUGCACCAAGUUCUCCAAAACUUGGUAGUAGAAUUGCAACCGAAAGAAAUGGAUGAAAAGAAUUUUCAGGACAGGCUAGAAAAUUCCUUGCAUGUUUUAAAUCAGAUAAAAUCUCAGUUGCAGCAGCCUUUACUUAUAAAUUUGGAAAUUAAAUGUAUUCAAGAUGAAAAGGAUAAUUGUGAAGCGUUUCAAGAACAAAUUCAGGCAGAAGUUGUUAGCAUUAAAGCUGUGACUGUCAUUGGUAAGCCGAGAGAAAAAGAAAACUCUUCGAAAGUUAGUGAUAUGGAAACAAAAUUACGUGACUUUGAAGAUCUUCAAAUGCAGCUUAACUCAAGCAUUGUUUUGCGCACGAAUGUCUUGAAUGAUGCUUAUGAAAAUAUGACACGCUAUAAUGAAGCAGUCACCAGGGCACUGGGGAUCAUCACAGCCCUUGAAACCAUCCUUGCAUCCCAUAGAGUAGACCUUGAUAAUCCAGAAGAGUCACUAGAGAUGCCUUGUUGGAAACAAGAGGAAUUUGAAUCAGCAAUAGCAGACAUCCAGGACUUCAGUGAGAAAUUGGGAGCUAUAUCCAGCCCUGAAGCCAAGCUACAACUUCAGUAUACUUUACAGGAAUUAAUUUCUAAGGAUUCAGCUGUGAGGGAGGCAGCCAAAGUAGAGGAAGCUGAGAUAGAAAGGUGUCUUGAGAAUUACAAAUGCUAUAGAAAAACUAAAGAGAAAAUUUGCACUAACUUCAGCAAAAUGGAGAAAGUUCUUGGGCAGUCCAUGUCCCAGUUGCCACUGUCUUACAAAGAAGCCUUAGAGCACUUGGAACACAGCAAGGCUUUGGUAUCAAAUCUUCUAUCAACUAAAGAAGAGUUAAUGGAACUACGGCAGGUCCUCAGUCACUUGAGACCCAUGUGCACAGAAAAUGAUGGCAUGUGUUUGCUCAGAACUGUGUCUACCUUGUGGGAGAAAUGGUUGCGUUUGCUGGAAAUGGCUAAAGAAUGGGAGAUGUGGUGUGAAGAGCUAAAGCAGGAAUGGAAAUUUGUCAGUGAGGAAAUUGAACGAGAAGCAAUUAUUUUAGAUAAUCUUCAAGAAGAACUGCCUGAAAUUUCCAAAACAAAAGAGGCAGCCUCCACAGAGGAACUCUCAGAGUUUCUAGACUGCUUAUGCCAGUAUGAAGAGAAUGUGGAGAAGCAGCAGCUGUUACUGACCCUACUUUUUCAGCGCAUAAAGAGUAUCCAGAAUGUUCCUGAAAAUUUAGGGGCUGUGGAAACUGUUCCAGCAUUUCAAGAGAUUGCAUCUAUGAAAGAACGGUGUAUCAAACUUUUUCAGAAAACCCAAAAAAAUAAGGAGUUGGUACAGACUGAAAUUCAAGGAAGACAUUCCUUCAAAAAGGAAAUAAUGGCUUUGAAGAAUUUAUUUCAACAGACUUCUUUCCAAAUUAUGGAAUUACAGGAUCACCCAGAAAAGACAGAACAGUUGGAGGAGCUUCAAAGCAUUCUGAAGAAAGAAAAGCUAACUUUUGAGGAUAUUAUGGAAAAACUGCGUAUCAAGUAUUCUGAAAUGUAUACCAUAGUCCCUGCAGAGAUUGAAUCCCAGGUGGAAGAAUGCCGAAAAGCUUUAGACAACGUAGAGGAGAAGAUUAGCAAUGCAGUCUUGAAAAGCUCACCAUCAUAUGCAAUGAGUUUAAAAAUAGAAGAAAUUAACAGUGGGCUUCAUAAUGUUGAAAAGAUGUUACAGCAGAAAAGCAAAAACAUUGAGAAAGCUCAAGAAAUUCAAAAGAAAAUGUGGGAUGAGCUAGAUCUCUGGCAUUCUAAGCUAAAUGAUCUGGAUUCUGAAGUUCAGGACAUUGUUGAACAGGACCCAGGACAGGCUCAAGAGUGGAUGGAUAAUUUGAUGAUCCCCUUCCAGCAGUAUCAGCAAGUAUCACAGAGAGCAGAAACUAGAACCUCACAGUUAAAUAAGGCCACAGUUAAGAUGGAGGAAUAUAAUGACCUUUUGAAGAGCACUGAGGCUUGGAUAGAAAAUACCAGUCAUUUGCUGGCCAAUCCUGUCGACUAUGACUCUUCAAGGACACUGAGUCAGCAUGCAAUCACCCUGCAGAUGGCUUUGGAAGAUUCAGAACAGAAGCACAAUCUUUUAUAUUCAGUUUUCUCAGAUCUAGAAGACUUGUCAAUAAUUUUUGAAACAGAUGACUUAGCACAGUUGGUACAGCAGUUAAGUAGUCAAGUAACAACCUUACAACAAAAAAUAAUGGAAAGCCUUCCACAGAUUCAGCGAAUGGCUGAUGAUGUGGUUGCUAUUGAAACUGAAGUAAAAUCAAUGGAAAAGAAAGUUUUAAAAAUCAAAACUAUUCUUUUAUCAAAAGAAAUAUUUGAUUUUUCACCUGAAGAAAAUCUUAAGCAUGGGGAGGUCAUACUUGAAAAUAUACAUCCUAUGAAGAAAACCAUUGCUGAGAUAGUGUCCUACCAAGUAAGAUUGCAGUUACCCAAGACAGGAGUGAAAUCUCUGCCUGUGUUUCAGCGGACAAAUCAGCUUUUACAGGAUGUAAAAUUGUUGGAAAAUGUGAUUCAAGAACAAAAUGAGUUAUUAAAGAUAGUCAUAAAACAGAUUAAUGAAUGUGAUGAAGAAAUGGAAAAUUUGAAAGAGAUAUUAAAUGAUUAUUCAGCUGAGUUCUCCCUUGAACAUAUGUCACCAGACCAAGCUGCCAACCUGCCACAAGUACAGGGAGAAAUCAGCAAUAUGGAAGAGCAAAUUCUAGGUCUAAACCAGAAAAAAGAAGAUCUGUUGGUGGACUUUAAGGCUGCAGUACUAAACCUUCACCAGCAUUUGAAGCAAGAACAAGAAUUAGAAAAAGAAAUGCUGUCAGCUGCUGCACCAGAAGAGGGUGGAGUGGCUGAGAGGGAUGUUUCUGAAUGGAAGUUGAGCAGAACGGGCUCCAUGUCUCUCCUGCCUGCAGUCUUGGAAGAGGCAGAGGAAAGCUCCCUGAAGAGUGAAAAUGGAGAUAAGAAAGCAGAGCCGUCUUCCAGUUCUUCAUCUUUACUCUGGGAGCACAACAAGGACAAGGAGGAAGACAGAGCAUCCUCAUCUUCUGGAACCAUCAUUCAGAAGGCAGAUGGGAGAAUAAGCACAUAUGAUGGGUCCAUGGCACAAGUUCUUGCACCAGACUCACUCAGCACUGAGCAAGACCCAGAAUUUUCCCUGAGCCUCAACCAAACCAAAGAGGGUUCCACACCUCCUUUCAAGGCUGCAGCUUUGGGCUUUCCUGACGAGCAAGGAGCUUUUGAGGCCACAGUGGAGAAAACGAGGCCCGAGCCUGCUGAGGUCCUCCAUGUCUGCAAGACCCAGGUAGCCGAGCUAGAGGAACGGCUGGACCAAGCCAGCAUGGCAUUUGAGCCGGAAACAUUAAACGCUAGCAUGCAGCAGGUGGUGGAACAGCAGUUGGUCACGUGCCAGGCUAUGCUAACAGAGAUCGAGCACAAGGUGGCUUCUCUGUUGGACAGCUGCAAAGAUCAGGGCUUGGGGGAUAGUGGAGACAUUCAACAAGAGGCUGAAGCACUUUCCUUGAAAUUAAAAACUGUGAAAUGUAAUUUGGAAAAAUUCCAGAUGAUGCUUCAGGAGAAAUACAGUGAGGAUCAGCAUUCUACCAUUGUAAAGAAACCUUCAGAACAUAAAAAAGUUUUCCAGCCAGAUAAUCUUUCUGCGUUUGUAUUUAUUGUAACUGAAAGGCCGCAGUUUAGCAGACAAAAAGAUUUCCAGCAGCAACAGGCCCUGGAGUUAAAACCUGUGGAGCAGAAAGAUUUAAUCAAAUUCAUAGAACUUAAUGUUACAAAAAUGUGGCCCCAAUAUUCCCAAGAAGAUAAAGAAACAACUCAGGAAUCAUCUUUGAGCGAUAAGGCAUCUAUCCCCAAAAAUGAUGCCCCAGAUGCAGUCUUUUCAGCUCAGGGCCAAAGUGGAGACAAAUGGCAAUAUUUACAACAUGAAUUAUCAUCAAAAAUCCGGCUACCUUCAUCUCAGCUUGUGGCACCUCAGGUUGCCACAAAUAUAAGUGUUCUACCCAGUGUGGGCAAGUAUAACUUUAGAUACCCAACAACUGAAGAACUACAAGCCUGUACCAUCCAACUUGAAGACCUACGUCAAGAAGCAAAUAAUCUCCAGACACAGGAAAACAUGACAGAAGAAACAUAUAUAAAUUUGGAUAAAAAAUUCUUUGAGCUACUUCUGGCUGUCAGUCAGUGCCUCAGCAGCAUGGAGGAGAUGCUACAAACCCCUGCACUUUGCAGAGGGGAUGCUUAUGCUCAGCAGGUACACUGCGAGGCUCUGGCCCUUGAGUUGAAAAAACUUUAUUUAGCUAUGAGUGACAAGAAAGGUGAGCUUUUGAAAGCUGUGACAUGGCCGGGCAAGAAAACCAACUUGUUCCUUGAAUGUUUUGAAAACCUCCAAGUGUGCCUGGAGCACACUCAGGCUGCAGCUGCCUCUCGAAGCAAGUCCCUGAAAACUGGCCUUGACUAUAACCACAGUUAUCAGAAUGAAAUAAAGCGAUUAUAUGAUCAACUUAUUAAGAGUAAAACAUCUUUGCAACAGUCUUUGAGUGAAAUUAGUAGCCAGAGUAUUGAUGAACAGCUGCAGAAAGUAGAUGCAUAUACAGCAGAACUACAUAACUUCGAGAGCCAAGUGGCAAAACUAAGAGAUGAAGGGGAGCGGCUUCAUUUGCCUUAUGGUAUACUCCAGGAGGUUUACAAAUUAGAGGAUGUACUUGACAGUAUGUGGGGAAUCCUAAGAGCCAGGUACUCAGAACUCAGCAACCCUUUCAUCACUGAGAUUCAGCAAGAUGCUCUGUUGCAAGGCAUGGUGGAACUGGUGAAUAUUGGAACAGAAAAGCUUGCUCGUGACCACUUACAACAAACCAAAAGUAAAGUUGCUUUACAGGCUCAGAUACAGAAUCACAAGGCUUUUUUCCAGAAGCUUGUUGCUGACAUGUUUUUGAUCCAAACAUAUUCCAACAAAAUGUUUCCUUCGUUAUUGCAAAAGAAAGAGGCAUUUUGGGCAGAACAAGUCAAAGAAGUUAAAUUACUAGAGGAAAAGUCACACCAGUGUGGCAUGAAGCUACAGAGUUUGUUGCAGAAAUGGGAAAACUUUGAUGAAAACUAUGCAUCUCUUGAAAAGGACCUGGAAAUUCUUACAUCUACAUUGCCCUCUGUGAGUUUGGUGGAAGAGACAGAGGAAAGAUUAAUGGAAAGGAUUUCAUUUUACCAGCAAAUAAAAAGAAGCAUUGAUGAAAAGCAUGCCCGGCUAUACCAGACUCUGAGUGAAGGCAAACAGCUGGUAGCAUCUGUGAGCUGUCCGGAAGUGGAGGGCCAGAUUUCAAAACUGGAAGAGCAGUGGUUGUCCCUAAAUAAAAAAAUCGACCAUGAACUACACAGACUUCAAACACUUCUCAAGCAUCUCAUCAGCUACAACAAAGAUUCAGAUGAGUUAACCAAAUGGUUGGAAUCUUCUCAGCAAACUUUGAAUUAUUGGAAAGAACAGUCCCUCAAUGUAUCUCAGGACUUGGAUACAAUCAGAAGCAACAUAAACAACUUUUUUGACUUCUCAAAGGAAGUUGAUGAAAAGUCCUCCUUAAAGACAGCAGUUAUAAGUACUGGGAACCAACUUCUUCACCUGAAAGAAGCAGAUACAGCUACACUGAGAGCUUCUUUAGCACAGUUUGAACAAAAAUGGACAAUGCUCAUAACUCAACUUCCCGAUAUUCAAGAAAAACUUCACCAGCUUCAGAUGGAGAAAUUGCCGUCUCGUAAAGCAAUCACAGAAAUGAUUAGCUGGAUGAACAGUGUAGAGCAUCAAACUGCAAAUGAAGACUCUGUGCAUUUACCAAGUUCUGCAUCUCAAGUUAAAAAUCUUCUUCACAAGUACAAGGAGUUCAGGAUGGAAACGGACUAUAAGCAAUGGAUAGUUGAUUUUGUUAACCAGUCAUUACUUCAGUUAAGCACUUGCGAUGUAGAAAGUAAGCGCUAUGAAAGAACAGAAUUCGCAGAGCACCUGGGAGAGAUGAACCGCCAAUGGCACCAGUUACAUGGAACACUGAAUAGAAAGAUACAACAUUUCGAACAGCUUUUGGAAAGCAUCACUGAGAAUGAAAACAAAAUACAGAUCUUGAACAACUGGAUGGAGGUGCAAGAAGAGAGACUGAAAACUUUACAAAAACCUGGAAGUGUGAUCUCAGUCCAGAAGACUCUCCUGGACUGUCAGGAUAUAGAAAAUCAACUUGCAAUUAAAUCCAAAGCCCUAGAUGAGCUGAGACAAAGUUACCUUACUCUGGAGAGCAGCACGAUGCCAUUACUAGAAGAUACAGCAUCCGCAAUUGAUGGUUUAUUUCAAAAGAGGAACAGUGUUAUCAAUCAGGUCAGUCAGCUCAAAACCUCCAUGCAGUCAGUUUUACAGGAGUGGAAGAUUUAUGAUAAACUCUAUGAUGAAGUGAAUAUGAUGACAAUCCGAUUCUGGUACUGCAUGGGGCACAGCAAGCCUGUGGUUUUGUCAUUGGAGGCCUUGAGAUGCCAGGUGCAGAACCUUCAGGCUCUUCAAGAUGAAGCUGAGAGCAGUGAAGGAAGUUGGGAGAAACUGCAGGAGGUUAUUGGUAAACUCAAAAAUUACUGCCCAUCAGUUGCUGAAAUAAUUGAAGAAAAAUGCCAAGAUACUCAUACAAGGUGGACUCAAGUAAACCAAGCCAUCGCAGACGAGUUGCAGAAGGCCCAGAGUCUGCUGCAGCUCUGGAAGGCGUAUGGCAGUGCUCACACUGAAGCCACAGCAAGGCUGGAGCAGCAGGCAGCAAAGUAUCAACAGCUUGCAAGCAUCAGCAUGUCUGGAAACAACCUGGCAGAAAUCCUGACCCCAGCCCUGCACGACAUAAAGGAGCUGCAGCGUGAUGUGCAGAACACAAAAGAAGUGUUUCUCCAAAACGCCGCUCUCCUGGAGCGAUUCCCACCCUCGCCCUCCGCAGAGUCCAGCCUCCAAGUGCUCCUCUCUGGUCAAUCGCACUCCCUCCAGAGGGCUUCUUAUUUGGAGAAGAUGCUGCUUGUGAAAGCAAAUGAGUUUCAGUUUGUUCUCUCACAGUUUAAGGAUUUUGAGGACCACUUGGAAUCUCUAAAAUGUCUUAUUAUGCAUGAAGAAGAGAAUUUGGAUAAACUCUACCAGCAAGAAAAAGAAGAAAAUUCUGACAUGAUCCUGAAUCAUGUGCUGGCACUAACAGCCCAGUCACCUGAUAUUGAACGUUUGAAUGAAGUCAGUCUCAAGCUGCCACUUAGUGACAUAGCUGUAAAGACAUUACAAAAUAUGAACCGGCAGUGGAUCCGGGCCACAGCGACAGCACUGGAACGUUGCAGUGAGCUUCAGGGAAUUGGGUUGAAUGAAAAGUUUCUUUAUUGCUGUGAAACAUGGGUCCAGCUUCUGGAGAAGAUAGAAGAGAUGCUCAAAGUGAAUAUUGCCAGCAAUCUUCAAGCUCUCCUGGAACAGCAGAAAUCAUAUGAGAUGUUAGAAGCUGAAAUUUCUAUAAAUCAGACAAUUGCUGAUUCUUUUGUUACCCAGUCCUUACAACUCCUGGACACAGCAGAAGUAGAGAAGAGACCGGAGUUUGUUUUGAAAUUCACGAUGAUGAAGGACCAGUGGCAAAGUGCUGCGCAGAGGGUACAUCAGAGGAAGGGUGACAUCGAUGGGCUAGCGAGGCAGUGGCAGUACUUCAAUGCCUCCGUGGAGGACUUGCUCCGCUUCCUCACCGACACCGGCCACUUGCUGUCUGCAGUGAGGAGCCAGGAUCGCUACAGUCUCUGCCAAACUAGGAGUCUGAUCCAUGAGCUCAAGAGUAAAGAAAUUUAUUUUCAGAGAAGACAAACCACCUAUGCACUAACCUUGGAAGCUGGGGAACAGUUACUGAGCACAACUAACCUGGAAACUGAGGAAUCAAUUGACAAGAAAAUCAGACAACUUCAGGACAACUGGAAAGACACAGAGCUUCAAGUAGGAGAAAUGAUUAAACACUUCCAGAGCAUUGUAGAGAUUUGGGACCAGUGUGAAAAGAAAAUCAAGGAGUUGAAAAGCAGGCUGCAAGUUUUAAAGGCAAAAAGUAAAGAUCCUCUUCCAGAGCUUCAUGAGGACCUCCAUAAAGAAAAGGAGCUGAUUAAGGAACUAGAGAAGUCUUUGGCUAACUGGACUCAGAACUUGAAAGAACUUCACACUAUGAAGGCUGACUUAACCCGGCACAUUCUUGUGGAGGACGUGAUGGUUUUGAAGGAGCAAAUAGAGCAUUUGCACAGACAAUGGGAGGACCUCUGCUUAAGAGUGGCUAUACGCACACAGGAGAUUGAAGACAGACUCAAUUCUUGGAUUGUGUUCAAUGAAAAGAAUAAAGAUUUGUGUGCAUGGCUGGUGCAGAUGGAAAACAAAGUUCUACAGACAGCUGAUAUUAGUAUUGAAGAAAUGAUUGAAAAGUUACAGAAGGAUUGCAUGGAAGAAAUAAACAUGUUUAGUGAAAACAAAUUCCAGUUAAAGCAAAUGGGUGACCAGUUGAUCAAGGCGAGCAACAAGACAAGAACAGCUGAGAUCAAUGACAAGCUCAACAAAAUUAAUGAUCGUUGGCAACAUCUUUUUGAUGUCAUUGGAUCAAGGGUGAAGAAGCUGAAGGAGACCUUUGCAUUUAUUCAGCAGUUAGACAAAAACAUGAGCAACCUUCGCACCUGGUUGGCUCGGAUUGAGUCUGAGCUUUCUAAGCCUGUUGUUUAUGACGUCUGUGAUGAUCAAGAAAUCCAGAAGAGGCUUGCUGAACAGCAGGACCUGCAGCGAGAUAUUGAACAACACAGUGCGGGAGUGGAGUCAGUGUUUAACAUCUGUGAUGUCCUGUUGCACGACUCUGAUGCCUGUGCAAACGAGACCGAGUGUGAUUCAAUACAGCAGACCACGAGGAGCCUAGACAGACGCUGGAGGAACAUUUGUGCCAUGUCAAUGGAGCGGCGAAUGAAAAUUGAAGAGACGUGGCGCCUGUGGCAGAAGUUUUUAGAUGAUUAUUCCCGCUUUGAGGACUGGCUUAAGUCAGCAGAGAGGACGGCAGCCUACCCAAAUUCCUCAGAGGUGUUGUACACAAAUGCCAAAGAAGAGCUGAAGAGGUUUGAGGCCUUUCAGCGGCAGAUCCAUGAGCGGCUCACCCAGCUGGAGCUCAUCAACAAGCAGUACCGGCGGCUGGCCCGCGAGAACCGCACAGACACGGCCAGCAAACUGAAGCAGAUGGUCCACGAGGGCAACCAGCGCUGGGACAACCUGCAGAAACGGGUCACGGCCGUGCUGCGGAGACUCAGACAUUUCACCAACCAGAGGGAGGAAUUUGAGGGGACCCGGGAGAGCAUUCUGGUGUGGCUUACCGAGAUGGACCUGCAGCUGACCAACGUGGAGCACUUCUCUGAGAGCGAUGCUGAUGACAAGAUGCGCCAGCUGAACGGUUUCCAACAGGAAAUUACAUUAAAUACCAACAAGAUCGACCAGCUGAUAGUUUUUGGGGAGCAGCUAAUUCAAAAGAGCGAGCCCCUAGAUGCUGUGCUAAUUGAAGAUGAGUUGGAGGAGCUGCACCGGUACUGUCAGGAGGUGUUCGGCAGGGUCUCCCGAUUCCACCAGCGGCUGACCUCCCACGCUCCGGGCUUGGAAGAUGAAAAGGAGGCCUCUGAGAAUGAAACAGACAUGGAAGACUCCAGAGAGAUCCCAAGUGACUCUUGGCGUACAAGGGGUGAGAGCGAGGAGGUCUCGUCUCCUCAGUCCCUUUGCCAUCUAGUGCCCCUGGCACCGGGACACGAGCGAUCUGGCUGUGAGACCCCUGUCAGCGUGGACUCCAUCCCUCUGGAGUGGGAUCACACAGGUGAUGUGGGGGGCUCCUCCUCUCACGAAGAAGACGAGGAGGGCCCAUACUACAGUGCACUGUCAGAUGUAGAAAUCCCUGAAAAUCCUGAGGCCUAUCUUAAAAUGACCACAAAAACCUUGAAAGCGUCUUCUGGUAAAUCAAUUUCUGAUGGCCACUCAUGGCAUGUUCCUGAUAGCCCUUCCUGUCCCAAGCAUCACUACAAACAAAUGGAAGGUGAUAGGAAUGUACUGCCCAUCCCCUCAGAUUCCAGCACCCCUUACAAACCAGCUUACGCAAAGCUGCUCUUACCUCCAGGUACUGAUGGUGGCAAAGAAGGCCCAAGAGUCUUGAACAGCAGCCCCCAGCAGGAAGAGGAAGGGCUGGCUGGUCUAACUGGGCAACAGUCAGGUGCCUUUGAUAGAUGGGAGCUGAUUCAAGCACAAGAACUUUGCAACAAACUUAGAAUAAAACAAAACUUGCAGCAGCUGAACUCUGAUAUCAGCGGCAUCACCACUUGGCUGAGAAACACUGAAACAGAACUGGAAACAUUAAAGAUGGCAACACCUCCCUCCAAUAUCCAGGAAAUGGAACUCAAAGUGAAGAGACUGAAGGAGAUCUUAAAAGCCUUUGACACCUACAAGGCAUUAAUAGUCUCUGUCCACGUGAGCAGCAAGGAAUUUCUGCAGACCGAGAGCACCGAGCCCAAGGAGCUCCAAAACAGACUCCACCAGCUGAUCCUGCACUGGGAGGCGGCGCAGGGAGCCGUGGACAGCUGGAGAGAGGGCUUGCGGCAGUCGCUCAUGCAGUGCCAGGACUUCCACCAGCUGAGUCAGAGUCUGCUCCUGUGGCUAGCAAGUGCCGAGAACCGAAGGCAGAAGGCUCAUGUAACUGAUCCAAAUGCAGACCCUCAGGUUCUCCUGGAGUGUCAGAAAGCACUAAUGCAACUUGAAAAGGAGCUAUUGGAACGUCAACCUCAAGUAAACUCCUUACAGGAGAUUUCAACCAGCCUUCUUAUUAAGGGGAAUGGAGAAGACUAUAUUGAGGCUGAAGAGAAAGUGCAUGUUAUCGAAAAGAAACUCAAACAGUUACUUGAGCAAGUGUCCCAAGAUUUAAUGUCCUUGCAGGGAAGCCAGAACCUAGACCCAUCUCUGCCUGGCUUUGACGGGGUUGGCUCUAGGGGCCAGCAUCCAGCAGCAUCCGUGCCAGCCGCCCAAGCGAAGGUUGGAGCCGAGAGAACUACAAAAGGCAAGAACAAGACAGACAGCAGGGUGCCGGGCCCCAGCAGCUCGCGGCCACGGCGCUCCUUCCUCUCCCGGGUGAUCAGGGCGGCGCUGCCCCUGCAGCUGCUGCUCCUGCUGCUGCUGCUCCUCGCCUGCCUGCUGCCCUCCUCUGAAGAGGACUACAGCUGCACUCAGGCCAACAACUUUGCGAGGUCCUUUUACCCCAUGCUGAGGUAUACCAAUGGGCCACCUCCUACCUAG